GUUUGUGAAGUAAGAUCUAACCAUCCAGUCUGUUCAUGCCGUCCAAACUAUUCUGGUACUCCGCCAUACUGUAGACCAGAAUGUAUAAUAAGUCAAGAAUGCCCUUCAAACCAAGCUUGUAUCAAUGAAAAAUGUGUUGAUCCAUGUAAUAACGCCUGUGGAAGUAACGCUAAAUGCAAUGUUGUAAACCAUACACCUUUGUGUAGUUGCUUAGAGGGCUUUAAAGGCGACGCGUUUAUAGGAUGCAUGGCAAUAUCGGCAGACGAUGCUACACCAUGUAAUCCUUCACCUUGUGGAGAAAAUACGUUAUGUACAAUCGUGGGUAAUGCUGCUCGAUGCUCAUGCAUACCACCGAAUAUUGGAAACCCUUAUGCUGGUGGCUGCCGACCUGAAUGUACUUCAAAUUCAGAUUGCCCUAACAACCUUGCAUGUUUAUCAAAUCACUGUCGAGAUCCUUGUAAAGACUUAUGCGGUAUAAACACAGAAUGUAGUGUCACCAAUCACGUUCCAGUAUGUUCUUGUUUCAAAGGAUAUGAAGGUGAUCCGUUCUCAUCGUGUCGCCAGAUUACUAAAUCACCAAUACCGAUGAAUCCAUGUGAACCAUCACCAUGCGGUCCAAAUAGUGAAUGUCACGUUGUUGGUGAACGCGCUGCAUGCUCAUGUCGUGCAGGAUUCCUUGGCACUCCACCUGCUUGUCGCCCUGAAUGUGCCGUGAGCUCGGAAUGUCCGACGAACAGAGCUUGUAUAAAUCACAAGUGUCAAGAUCCUUGCAUUCACAGUUGCGGGCUAGAUGCACGAUGUCACGUGGUUGGACAUAAUCCGAUAUGCACAUGCCCAGAGCAUGUCCCAGAAGGCGAUCCUUUCAUCAGAUGCUACAGAAAGAAUAUUACAGUCGUCGCUCCUGAUCCGUGUUUAUCUUCACCGUGUGGACCACAUUCGACAUGUCGCAACGAACUCGGCCGCGCGGUGUGCGCAUGUGAGCCUGGCACGUUGGGCGCUCCACCAACUUGUCGGCCGCAAUGUGUUAUUAAUCAAGAUUGCCCUCUCGCUCUUGCCUGCUUCGGUGGUACCUGUGUCAAUCCUUGCAUGGGUUCGUGUGGUUUCAACGCUCGUUGCAGUGUACAAAAUCAUCAACCAAUUUGUUCCUGCGACGAAGGUUACUCAGGAGAUCCAUUUGCUGGCUGCAAUCAAAUCGAAAUCGCAAAAGAAGUACCUCGCCAUCCUUGCAACCCGUCACCUUGUGGACCUAAUGCCAUUUGUCGAGAAAAUAAUGGUGUCGGUUCAUGUACUUGUAUAGAUGAUUUUCAUGGAGAUCCAUAUUUAGGCUGUCGCCCAGAGUGUGUCAUGAACACUGACUGCGCUGUAGACAAAUCUUGUUUCAAUAACAAGUGUGUAGAUCCAUGCCCUGGGACAUGUGGACAGAAUGCUGUGUGUAGAGUUUCCAAUCAUGCACCUUCUUGUUACUGCUUACCUGGAUACAAUGGAAACCCUCUUCAUGCAUGCACUUCUAUUAUAACUCCUUCGGAACCAAUUGAUCCGUGUCACCCCACACCUUGCGGACCUUAUAGUAAAUGUCGUACGUUUAACGGGCAUGCCGUUUGCACAUGCCUCGAUAUAUGCGUUGGCUCACCGCCUAAUUGUCGACCUGAAUGUAUCGUUAGUUCUGAUUGUCGAUCAAAUAAAGCAUGUAUAAAUCAAAAAUGCCAAGAUCCCUGUGAGGGUAUGUGUGGAGUUAAUGCACAGUGUCAAGUCGUGAAUCACAAUCCAAUAUGUUCUUGUCACAGAGGAUACACUGGGGAUCCUUUUGUUCAUUGCUACUUUGAAGAGAAACAAAUGACCCCUAUCGAUACUUGUUCACCGAAUCCUUGCGGUCCGCAUUCACAAUGCAAAGACCUAAAUGGAGUACCAGUUUGUUCUUGUUUAACUAAUUAUGUGGGACGUCCUCCCAGUUGUAGACCUGAAUGUGUUCUAAGCAUUGAAUGCCCGAGUAAUUUAGCUUGUAUAUCCGAAAGAUGCAGAGAUCCAUGCCCAGGUUCUUGCGGUAUUCAUGCUACUUGCAACGUUGUUAAUCAUGUUCCAAUAUGUACUUGCGAACAAGGAUUUACUGGAGAUCCUUUUGGGGGAUGUUCCACUAUAUUAUCUAUUGAACCACAACAAGAAAGCCCUUGUUCGAGAUCACCUUGUGGGGCUAACGCUAUAUGUAAGGAGAGAUAUGACGCGGGUUCAUGUGUAUGCCUACCCGAAUAUUAUGGAGAUCCGUAUGUGGAAUGUAGACCAGAAUGCGUUUUAAAUUCUGAUUGUCCUAAGAAUAAGGCUUGUACAAAUAACAAAUGCAAAGAUCCAUGCCCGGGAGUCUGCGGAAUGAACGCUGAAUGUAGAGUCAAUAAUCAUGCUCCUUCUUGCGCUUGUCUUCCCGGAUACGAAGGAAAUCCAUUUACGUCUUGUUAUUUAAGCGUGGAAAAACCUGUUGAUCCUUGUUCACCUUCACCUUGCGGACCAUACAGUUUAUGCCGCGUAAGCAACGGUUAUGCAAUUUGCUCUUGCCAAGAAGAUUAUUUUGGUUCUCCACCUUUAUGUCGGCCAGAAUGUAUGGUCAGUAGCGACUGUAUGCCAAAUAAAGCAUGUGUCAACCGGAAAUGCGUAGAUCCUUGCAAUGGAGCAUGUGGCAACAACGCCAAAUGUACAGUUGUUAAUCACAAUGCACUUUGCAGUUGCCCCAAAAAUUAUAUAGGUGACCCCUUUAUUCAAUGUUCAUAUGAUCAACGACCGGAACCAAAACCUUCAGGUAAUCCUUGCAUUCCAUCGCCUUGCGGACCAAAUUCACAAUGUCGCGUAGUAGGCGAAACUCCAGCAUGCUCCUGUUUAAGUGGUUAUAUAGGGCGAGCACCAAACUGUCGUCCAGAAUGUAUAUAUGACGAGGAAUGUCCUAGUAACCUUGCUUGUAUUUGUGAAAAGUGUAUGAAUCCAUGCGAAGGAUCUUGUGGAUCAAAUGCCGAAUGUGUCGUUAUUUCUCAUAAAGCUAUUUGCCAUUGUAAGGAAAGUUAUACGGGUGAUCCAUUUAAUGGUUGUUAUUUUAUAGUCACAGUAACUAGUGAAGAUGAGACGAAUCCUUGUAAUCCAUCUCCUUGUGGACCUAAUGCUUUAUGUAAAGAAAAUAAUUCCGCGGGCUCAUGCACAUGCUUACCUGGAUAUUUCGGAGAUCCCUAUUUAGGAUGUCGUCCAGAAUGCGUCACAAAUAACGACUGUCCCUUAAACAGAGCAUGCUCGAACAAUAAAUGUAUCGAUCCUUGUCAAGGAGCUUGUGGAAGAAAUGCAUACUGUAACGUGGCGCAUCAUACACCGAUGUGUUUCUGUAUCGACGGUUAUGAAGGAAAUCCUGUAAUAUCAUGCCACCUACAAAGAAGUCCAACCGUAGCAGAUGAAAAUCCAUGUGUACCGUCACCUUGCGGUCCAUACAGUCACUGUAAAAUAAUAGAUAACCACGGAGUAUGCUCAUGCCAAGAAGGUUAUGUAGGUUCGCCACCAACAUGUAGACCAGAAUGCGUCACUAGCACGGAUUGCCCGCAAUAUCAAGCUUGUAUACAACAAAAAUGCAAGGACCCUUGUCCAGGAACUUGCGGCGUCAAUGCACGCUGCCAAGUUAUAAACCAUAAUCCAAUAUGUACAUGUAAGGCGGGAUUCACUGGUGAUCCGUUCGCAACUUGUCAGUUAGAGAAAAGUAAGGAUAUAAAAUCU